GAGAGAAUCGCCACUCCCCAAUUCCGUCCCUGCGAAAACACCUGUGACGCCAUGCCGUCCUCCAGCUCAGCGCCAGCUGGCAGUGCUAUUGUUUGGUUCCGCAAGGGGCUGCGGCUUCGCGACAAUGCGCCGCUGGUGGAGGCCUCUAAAGCUGGCGUAAAGCAUGUGUGCCCGAUCUUCGUGAUCGAUCCACACUUUGGGCCGAAGCACGUUGGCAUCAACCGCUACAACUUCUUGUUAGACUCUUUGAAAGAUCUGGACAAGCAGCUGAGCAAGAGAUACCGCAGCCGUUUGAUGGUGCUGCGUGGCAAGCCAGAGGAAGUGAUUGGGAGGCUGCUGAAAACGGGCAAGCCUCUCCUUUCCGCAAAGCCAACACUCAUUCUGUGGGAGAAAGACACUGAACCCUACGCUUUGAAGAGGGAUGCUGCAAUCAUAAAGCUUGCGAAGCAAAACCAUGUUGAGGUGCGGACGUUCUCGGGUCACACGCUGUGGGAUGUGGAGCAGGCGCUGGCGAAGAACAAAGGCAAAGCUCCCACGACCAACAAUGCCAUGCAAACCUUGGCCAAGGCACUGGGUGAGCCAGCCAAGCCCCUUGCCAUACCAUCAAAGCUGCCGCCACUGCCUCCUGGCGCCAAGGCCUAUGAUGUUCCAACUUUGAAGCAGAUGGGCUACGCUGGAAGCGUGCAAGGCUACUUGUCGGGUGGUGAGACUGCUGGAGCGGCACGCAUGGCCACAAUGCUGAAGAAAACCUCCUUCAUUCGCACCUUCAAGAAGCCCCAAACGCGCUCCACGGCCUAUGAUCCGCCCGACACGACGAUGUUGUCACCGUAUUUCAAGUUUGGAUGCGUCAGUAUCCGUGAGUUCUAUUGGGGCUUGAAAAAGGUGUGCAGCGGAGCAAGCCAUUCAAAACCGCCGGAGUCUUUGCUUGGCCAGAUCUACUUCAGGGAAAUGGCCUACCUGAUGGGGGCUUCGAUCCCAAAUUUCGAUCAGCAGGCAGGCAAUCCCAGCUGCAAGCAAAUCCCAUGGGCCAAGAACCCGAAGAUGCUGGCCGCCUGGGAGCAUGGCAGGACUGGCUUUCCCUACAUAGACGCGGCAAUGAGGCAGUUAAAUCGGGUGGGUUGGAUGCAUCAUCUUGCUCGUCAUGCAGUGGCGUGCUUCCUGACGCGUGGUGAUUUAUGGCUUUCUUGGGAACAAGGCAGAGACGUCUUCGACAAGCUGCUCCUAGAUGCGGAUUGGGCAUUAAACAACAUGAAUUGGUUGGCCCUGGCGGGAGUCGCCCCUUGGUCACCACCUUUCUUCCGGGUCUACCACCCAGUCCCAAAGAUGGAUUCUGCCCUCAACGUGAAAGAUCCAGAGGGGAAGUUCAUCCGUGAGUUCGUCCCGGAACUUGGGAAGAUGCCAAGUCAAUACAUUUAUGCACCCUGGACAGCUCCCAUGGAGGUCCAAAAGACGGCGGGCUGCAUCAUCGGCAAGGACUAUCCCAAGCCGAUGGUCGACCACGAUGAAGUUUGCAAAGCAGUACCCUCAGCCGCAAAAGACCAGUGAGAUGAUUUGAAUUGCUUUGAUGUGUCUUUUUGAUUCGUUUGACACGGGAGCGAAACAGGCUCAGGAUGGGCUCAGGGUCCUAUUUUGAGGCCAAUCUUCUUCGAUUCAAGAGGGCAUUGAGCAAAGCGCCAAGUACAGGUGCGGACUGUGAUACCCAUGGAAAGGCUUUGAGGUCUUCGAUCACGAGGUGCUCAAAAGCGGAAAGCUCCACCGGCUUCAGCCGCUUCGGCUUCUACCAAGAGGCAGCGACAAUGGAAGGCUUGAAUGACCAGCCAGUGUCUCACCGCCAGCAUUUAGACUGGCAGUUUUCGGCGUGACAGUGCUUGUCACCCCACCAGUAUCGAUUAAAACGCCAUGUUUCGAAGCACCUUUGGCGACCGUUCUGCUGGACCGGACAGCUGUCCAGCAGCCGAGAGUUUCGUUUGGAGCAAA